AUGUUUGAAGAGCUUCCUCCUUCUGGCCCUGGCCGCGGCAGACACGACGGCGGCAGCACUGUUCGGAGCCGUGACGACGGAGUCUGGCGCUCUAUGCACCGCAACGAUGCGUCUCAAGCUGUUGUCCAAGUCGUCAACCAAGGCGCUGGCCAAGCUUUUCGCGACACUCGCGGCGCUCGCGGCGCCACGAUGAUCAUGCAGGGCAUCCAGCCCCUCGAUCGUGACAGCCUUCAGCCUUCUGCCACUCGUGGUACCCGUGUUGCCGAGCUUACUGCUCGUGAAAUGGAUGUGGACUUGAGAGAGAAUUUCGGACGUCGUGGCUCAGUCCGUGGGGGACGCUCCUGGGGCCGAGGCCAAUCGCGUGGUAGCAUGCGGGGACCCCGUGGUGGCAUGCGGGGACAACGUGGUAACAUGCGGGGCGGCAGCCGUGGCCGUGGUGUCUCUCGAGAAGAUGGCCGUGUUGGCUAUAGGGGCGGUCGCAGUCGCGGUGCUGACGCCCGUAACCGCGGUGCCAUUCGCCGAGGUGGACGUCGUGGAAACGCUCAGAUGGACGGCCGCGGUCGUGGUGCUAGUAACGCUGGAGUGGCCAAUGCCUCCUGGCGAAACCCCUCUCGCCGAGACGCCCCCUGGGGAAACAACCCCUCCAGUCGCCGAACCCCCUCUCGCCGAGACGCCCCCUGGGGAAACAACCCCUCCAGUCGCCGAACCCCCCCUGGCGCCGAACCCCCCCUGGCGAAACCACUCGAGCCGCCGAACCCCUACCCAGCAAUACCCCGACCAUGGAGUCGCCCGCGGGGCCGCUCGCGCGGCCGCCCCACGUGA